AUGUCCACCACAACAAAGCUUCUGUCUCCCCUGGCAGGCCCCUUGAUUGAUACAAAAUCAUUUCCUUUCCAAUCCAAACAUAAUUAUCUUCAUGCCGUCGAAGGAAGCCUCUUAGAUAUCCCUUUACCACCCUCUGGGUCACCAGUAACCGAAGUCCUCGACAAGGACAAGGGGACGCCGGACAACCAUGUCACCCGCGACUCCCGUCUAAUUCGCCUAACCGGUGUGCAUCCAUUUAAUGCCGAAGCGCCAUUAACAGCAUUAUAUCGUGAAGGCUUUAUCACUUCUGUUGACCUCUUCUACGUGCGGAAUCAUGGCCCGGUGCCUCAAAUUUUGGACAAUGAAAUUUGGUCAUGGGAACUUAGUGUCGAGGGGCUUGUUGAGAACCCAUUGACAAUAUCUCUGAAGCAGCUAGUUGAAGAAUUUGAGCAGAUUACCCUGCCUGUCACGCUUGUAUGUGCCGGAAACAGACGGAAGGAGCAAAACACGGUGAGGAAAUCGAAGGGCUUCUCCUGGGGACCAGCCGGCUUGUCUACCGCACUGUUCACGGGGACUCUUAUGGCCAACAUUCUGCAAAGGGCAAAACCCAUGAGGCGAGCUAAAUUUGUUUGCAUGGAAGGAGCUGACAAUCUACCAAAUGGUCAUUACGGGACAUCUGUGAAGCUCAACUGGGCGAUGGACCCAAAUAGAGGCCUUAUGCUCGCCCAUGGAAUGAACGGCGCACCGUUGAGGGCCGACCACGGCCGACCGCUACGCGCCGUUGUCCCUGGCCAGAUUGGUGGACGUAGCGUGAAGUGGCUGCGUCGGCUGAUUGUGACGGCCGAGCCCAGUGACAACUGGUACCAUUACUACGACAACAAGGUUCUUCCAACCACCGUAACUCCUCAGCAAUCAGCCGACGAGCCAGCGUGGUGGCGAGAUGAACGAUAUGCUAUCUACGACUUGAACGUCAAUUCUGCAAUUGCACAACCACAACACGACGAAGUUCUCGACCUUGCGUCUCGUGUUCCAGAUUAUACAAUUCGCGGGUAUGCGUACAGCGGUGGUGGCCGUCGUGUGACGCGCAUGGAAGUGUCUCUCGACGGUGGUAAUUCGUGGCGACUAGCGGACGUUCAAUAUCCCGAAGACAGGUAUCGUGAUAUCGACAUUGAUCUUUACGGUGGCCGCCUCGAUAUGUCGUCUCGCGAUACAUGUUUUUGCUGGUGCUUCUGGGCAUAUACACUUCCAAUCUACGAGCUGCAGAGCGCCGACAGCAUUAUUGUCCGCGGCAUGGACGAUGCCAUGAUGUGCCAGCCCCGUGACAUGUACUGGUCUGUGCUCGGUAUGAUGAAUAAUCCCUGGUUCCGUGUCACCAUCGUGAAGACUGGGAAACAGACGCUCCGCUUUGAGCACCCAACGUCCUUGAUGUCUGGAAAUCCCGGCUGGAUGGAAAAGGUCAAAAAGGCAGGGGGUGACUUACUCAAUGGCCGGUGGGGCGAAAUAUCUUCUAAGGAUAUACAUCAGCCACCGACACCACCGCUGGAGGAGGUGAACAUGGCAAAUUCAGAUGUGAAGCGCAUCUUCACCUUCAACGAGUUCAGCGAGCAGAGUUCAGAGGCGCGGCCGCUUUUCGUGGUCGCUGGUGAGGUCUAUGACGGCACGGGGUAUUUGAAACAUCACCCGGGAGGUGCUCAGAGCAUCCAGGCAGUUGCCGCAUCAGAUGCAACAGAAGAGUUCAUUGCAAUCCACAGUGAAAACGCAAAGCGUAUGUUGCGAGAUUACCACAUCGGCAGUCUAGAUGACAGAGGCCGACAGGUUUUGCGUGAUCAGGGCGGCACAGAAAAAUCUUUAUCACCGACACGCGCUAUCUUUUUGGACUCGCGCCAUUGGGCCAAGGCCAUCCUGAGUAAAAUCACCCCAGUAUCGUCUGACACAAAAGUUUUCACCUUCAUUCUUGACCACGACAACCAAGAGGUGGGUCUUCCUACAGGACAGCACCUCAUGUUGCGAUAUACAGAUACAGAAAAUGAGGAGACCAUUCUCCGUGCGUACACACCCGUGUCAGAAAAUACACGGAAAGGCACCCUCGAACUCUUGGUGAAGCUCUAUCUCCCCACACUGACGUCUCCCGGAGGACGUAUGACAACAGCGCUAAACAAGGUGCCGAUUGGUACAGCUCUCGAAUUCAAAGGACCUGUGGGAAAAUUCGAGUACGUGGGCCGUGGUGUGGCUUCAAUUGGGGGCGAGAAGCGACCGGUAUCGUCCUUUGUUAUGAUUUGCGGAGGCAGUGGCAUCACGCCGAUCUUGCAGGUCUUGCGAGCCGUGGCGUGCGAUGCUGAUGACACAAUACCUUUCACUUUGUUGGACGGCAACAGAAAUGAGCAGGAUAUCUUAUGUCGACAGGAACUGGACAACCUCCACCUCCUUUCUCAGCGCAAGACCACGGACAGCGGUCGUUAUAAGGUGAUUCACACGCUCACUUGCCCCCCUACGGGAUGGACAGGACUCUGCGGCCGUAUAUCGGAGCGAUUACUCCGGAAAGAAGCUGUGCCUGCCGAGAAUAGGCUUGCCCUGGUUUGCGGUCCACCAGCAAUGGAAAACUUUGUCAGGGACACUCUUGGACGUAUGGACUGGAAAGAAUCAGAUGUUGUUUUCUUCUGA